GACCCGACCAACCCGAAGAUGAACCCUUUGAACCCAAAAGGAUUAAAACCAUGCUGCGCUUGUCCACAGACAAAGUCUGCAAGGGACGAUUGCUUCCUCCGAUUUGACACGACCGAAGCGAACGAGAAGUGCAAGGAGCAGGUCCAGGCCCAUCUUGCCUGUAUGCGCGGCCUGGGAUUCAAGAUCUGA